UCUUGCUAUCUCAUCCAUGCUAGUUCGUUCAUCGUAGUGACGGCGGCAUCAAUUUCUGAAUUAAUUACCAUUUGUCGCAAAAACUGCGCGUCCUUUAUCAUUACUAUAUUAAAUUCAUAUAUUUGUGUUCAGAUUGUGUUACAUUUUAAUCUAAAUGGCAUCAGACGAUGAAGUUGAUGGUUCUUUCGCAGGCGACGAAGAUGUAGAAGAAGGUGAGGGUCAAAAUGAGAACUCUGGUGAGAGUGAUGAAGCUCCACCGAAGGAGGAUGAUGAUUAUUCACCAGAAGAUGGUAGAAAAAAGAAGAAAGGUAAGAAGCGAAAGGCUAGAGGUGAAGAAAAAAAGGGGAGAAAGAAGAAGAAGAAGCGUAAAAAUGAAAGUGAAGAGGAUGAUGAUUUUGGUCUUGAAAUUGAGGCCGAAGGUGACAGUGACUAUGCAUUAAGUGCUAUGUCCUCAAGCAAAAAGUCAAGAAAGGGCAGGGGAAGUAAACACAAUACUUCAACUUCGGCAACAUCUGACUCUGUGUCCAGUAUGCCAACAGUAGAAGAGGUGUGCUCGUCAUUCGGUCUCACAGAUGUGGAUAUACAAUACAGCGAUGCUGAUUUUGAGAACCUCACAUCGUAUAAGUUAUUCCAGCAGCAUGUUCGGCCGCUUCUCGUCAAAGAAAACCCUAAGGUACCAGUGUCAAAGUUAAUGAUGCUCGUAGCUGCCAAGUGGCGCUUGUUCUACGAAACUAAUCCACACCUGAGUGGAGGUCCACAAGCGAUGGGCUCUGAAGAGAACACCAACACAUCCACAGCCUCAGACUACACGCCAAAGCCGAGGUCAGGACGUCCACCGAAGGAUAGUAGUAAGAUAGAAGAUGUUAUCGAUGAGCCCGAAGAGGAGGAGGAGGAGGAGGCGAGCGACGAGGGCACGCCGGCGCCCCGCAAGCGCGGCCGCCGCCCCAAGCACGGCAACACGCCGCGCGGCAAGCCCGGCCGCAAGCCCAAGGUGCCCACUCUCAAGAUCAAGUUCAGCAAGCGCAAGAGGACCAGCAGUCAGGACGAAGAGCAUGAGGGUAGUGCUGGCGCCAACACGGACUCUGACGCGGAGUUUGAGCAGAUGCUGGCCGAGGCGGAGGAGCCCAAGCCCUCCGCCGCCGUAGAGGAGGGCGUGCAGCCCAAGGAUGAAGAUCCUAAUGCACCACAACAACCGAAGAAGAAGGCUAAGACAAAAAUAGGCAAUAAGAGCAAGAAGAAGAAGAAAUUGAAGACUACUAACAAAUUCCCCGACGGCGCGGAGGGCGAACACGAACACCAGGAUUAUUGUGAAGUGUGCCAACAAGGCGGCGAGAUAAUCCUGUGUGACACGUGCCCUCGCGCUUACCAUUUGGUGUGCUUGGAGCCUGAACUGGAGGAGACGCCUGAAGGGCGCUGGUCUUGCCCACACUGCGAGGCCGAGGGCAACCAGGACCAGGAAGAUGAUGAUGAGCACCAGGAGUUCUGCAGGAUAUGUAAAGAUGGAGGUGAGUUGUUAUGCUGCGAUUCAUGUCCUUCGGCAUACCAUCGCUUCUGUCUCAAUCCGCCACUGGAAGAGGUGCCCGACGGAGAAUGGAAAUGUCCACGAUGUAGUUGUCUACCGUUGGAGGGUAAAGUGGCAAAGAUUUUGACUUGGAGAUGGAUAGAGAGCGCCGGCAAAACGAAAGCGCCGCGCUCUCGAGAGUUCUUCGUUAAGUGGCACGAGCGCUCCUACUGGCAUUGCAGCUGGAUAUCUGAGAUACAGUUGGACGUGUUCCAUCCGCUGAUGUACCGGUACUACAUGCGCAAAUCGGACCCCGAGGAGCCGCCCAAGCUGGAGGAGCCACUUGAGGAGCGCGAAAUACGUAAGCGCCUCAAGAACAAACACGACCCUGAAAACUAUCCCGACGAGAAAAUACUCGAGGAAAAAUAUUACAGGUACGGUGUGAAACCGGAGUGGCUGAUCGUCCACCGCGUAAUCAACCACCGCACGGCGCGUGACGGCACCACAUUCUACCUGGUGAAGUGGCGCGAUCUCUCCUACGACCAGGCCACCUGGGAGUCCGAGCACGCCGACAUUGCAGGACUUAAGAAUGCUAUCGAGUAUUAUCAGGAUAUGCGAGCCUUUAUCACUUCUGAAGGCAAGACAAAAGGCAGCAAAGGCAAGAAAGCCGGCCGCAAGAGCAAGAAUAAAGAUGUUAUUGAUGAUGAUGAGAGCAGCAGUGGACUGCAGAUGAAAGCCAAGAAAUACAAUCCCCCGCCAGAACGUCCCACAACUAACCUCAACAAAAAGUACGAAGAUCAGCCGCCUUUUGUAUACGAGACUGGAAUGCAGCUGCAUCCAUACCAGCUGGAGGGUCUCAACUGGUUGCGGUACUCGUGGGGACAAGGAAUCGAUACCAUUCUUGCCGAUGAGAUGGGUCUCGGUAAAACCAUUCAAACGGUUACAUUCCUUUACUCGUUGUUCAAAGAAGGACAUUGUAAAGGUCCAUUUUUGGUCUCAGUACCUUUGUCAACUAUUAUCAACUGGGAGAGAGAAUUUGAACUGUGGGCCCCCGAUUUGUACUGUAUUACAUAUGUCGGCGACAAAGAUUCUAGAGCCGUUAUAAGAGAGAACGAGCUUACGUUCGAUGAUGGCGCAAAUAGAGGCGGAAGGCCUUCCAAAAUUAAGUCACAGGUGAAGUUUAACGUCCUCCUUACAUCCUACGAGUUGAUCUCAAUCGAUUCUACGUGUUUAGGCUCUAUCGACUGGGCCGUUUUGGUGGUCGACGAAGCACACAGGCUUAAAAGCAAUCAGUCCAAAUUCUUCCGACUUCUGGCCGGCUAUCACAUCAACUACAAACUUCUCCUGACCGGUACUCCUUUGCAAAAUAACCUCGAGGAGUUGUUCCAUCUUUUGAAUUUCUUAAAUAAAGAUAAAUUCAACGAUCUAGCCGCUUUCCAAAAUGAAUUCGCGGACGUUUCAAAAGAGGAGCAAGUCAAGAGGCUUCAUGAAAUGCUCGGGCCGCAUAUGCUGCGACGUUUGAAGGCCGAUGUGCUAAAGAAUAUGCCGACGAAGUCCGAGUUCAUCGUGCGAGUGGAGUUGUCGCCGAUGCAGAAGAAAUACUAUAAGUACAUUCUUACCAGAAACUAUGAAGCUUUGAAUCCCAAGAGUGGUGGUCAAACUGUGUCCUUACUUAAUGUAAUGAUGGAUUUAAAGAAAUGUUGUAACCACCCGUACCUAUUCCCCGUGGCGGCGGAAGAGGCGCCGUUGGGUCCUCAUGGAAAUUACGAAACACAGGCAUUAGUUAAGGCGUCCGGCAAAUUAGUUCUUAUGUCUAAAAUGUUGAAACAACUUAAGGAACAAGGACACAGAGUACUGAUUUUCUCACAGAUGACAAAAAUGUUAGACAUUUUAGAAGAUUUCCUCGAAGGAGAAGGGUACAAAUAUGAACGAAUCGACGGUGGUAUCACUGGAACUAUUCGUCAAGAAGCUAUUGAUAGGUUUAACGCACCCGGAGCUCAACAGUUUGUGUUCCUUCUUUCGACGAGAGCCGGAGGUCUGGGUAUUAAUUUGGCCACGGCGGAUACUGUUAUCAUUUACGAUUCCGAUUGGAAUCCUCACAACGAUAUUCAGGCGUUCUCUCGUGCUCAUCGUAUAGGUCAAGCGAAUAAGGUGAUGAUCUAUCGCUUCGUGACGCGUAACAGUGUUGAAGAAAGAGUUACACAAGUAGCUAAAAGGAAGAUGAUGUUGACUCACUUGGUCGUGCGUCCCGGCAUGGGCGGCAAAGGUGCCAACUUUACUAAGCAAGAGUUGGAUGAUAUUUUGAGAUUCGGUACAGAGGAACUGUUUAAAGAAGAAGAAGGUAAAGAAGAAGCUAUUCAUUACGACGAUAGAGCUGUGGCCGAAUUGCUCGAUCGAUCCAAGGAAGGUAUCGAACAAAAGGAAUCCUGGGCUAACGAGUACCUGAGCUCCUUCAAAGUGGCCAGCUACUCCACUAAAGAAGGUGACGGCGAAGAGGAAGUGGAUACUGAGAUUAUUAAACAAGAAGCCGAAAACACUGAUCCAGCUUACUGGAUCAAGUUGCUUAGGCAUCAUUACGAACAGCACCAGGAAGACCAAGCGAGAACACUCGGUAAAGGCAAGCGAGUACGUAAACAAGUUAACUACAACGACGGCAGUGUUGCUCAAACUGAAAACCGUGAAGAUUCCACGUGGCAGGAAAAUGGUUCCGACUAUAAUUCUGACUUCUCACAAGGUAGUGAAGAUGAUAAAGAAGAUGACGAUUUCGACGAAAAGAAUGACAACGGCGAUCUUCUCAGUCGCCGCAGCAAGAGGAGGCUGGAGAGGCGCGAGGAGCGGGACAGGCCUCUUCCUCCGUUACUCGCACGAGUCGGUGGUAACAUGGAGGUGCUCGGUUUCAACGCCAGACAGAGGAAGUCGUUCCUUAACGCGAUAAUGCGCUACGGUAUGCCGCCUCAAGACGCAUUUAAUUCUCAAUGGCUAGUUCGAGAUCUUAGAGGCAAAUCUGAACGCAACUUUAAAGCGUACGUUUCGCUGUUCAUGAGACAUUUAUGUGAACCCGGUGCAGAUAAUGCUGAAACUUUCGCUGACGGCGUUCCAAGAGAAGGCUUAUCUCGGCAGCAUGUCUUAACGCGAAUCGGUGUCAUGAGUCUGAUCAGAAAGAAAGUUCAAGAAUUUGAACAUAUCAACGGUUAUUACAGUAUGCCAGAAUUGAUACGUAAGCCAGUGGAGCCAGUGAAAAUAGCCGGCGCUGCCAACGAGAGCGCAGCUCCCAGUCCGGCUCCGUCGACGGCGACACCGAUAACAUCAGCCGCACCUUCGCCCGCUCCUACCCAAGUAGCGCAGGCCACAGGACAAGCGCCCACACCGGGCGGCUCCGAGAAGGACGACAAGGAAGAACCUAAAGAUGAAAAGUCUGAUUCAAAAGAGAGUAAAGAAAAAGAUGAGCCGAUGGACACGAGCGAUAUCAAGGAAGAAGAAGAACAAAAGAAAGACGAAAAGGAAACGCCCAAAGAAAAACAGGAAAUAAAAGAAGAAAGGCGAAUGUCUGUCGACGAGGAGCUUCCGAAGGAAGAUGAAAAAUCAAAUGACAAGAAGUCCGAAGAGGGCGAUAAAGUUAAAGAGGAGAAGGACGACUCCGACAAGAAGGACGAUGCGAAGAGCGACAAGACCGAGUCGGAGGCUUCGGAGAAACCUAAAGAAGAAAAGAAGGAUGAAGACGAUGACGACGUUGUGUUAGUAAAGGAGGAGGACGACCUAAAAGUGGAGCGACGUAAGUUCAUGUUCAACAUAGCGGACGGCGGGUUCACAGAGCUGCACACGCUGUGGCUGAACGAGGAGCGCGCGGCGGCGCCCGGCCGCGAGUACGAGAUCUGGCACAGACGGCACGACUACUGGCUCCUAGCCGGCAUCGUGACGCACGGCUACGGCCGCUGGCAGGACAUACAGAACGACCUGCGCUUCGCCAUCAUCAACGAACCUUUCAAAAUGGACGUCGGCAAAGGAAACUUCCUCGAGAUUAAGAACAAAUUCCUCGCCAGGCGGUUUAAGUUAUUGGAGCAGGCGCUGGUGAUCGAGGAGCAGCUGCGUCGCGCGGCGUACCUGAACCUGACGCAGGACCCCAACCACCCCGCCAUGUCGCUGAACGCGCGUUUCGCAGAGGUGGAGUGCCUCGCCGAGUCACACCAGCACCUUAGCAAGGAGUCCCUCGCCGGCAACAAGCCCGCCAACGCGGUGCUGCACAAGGUGCUGAACCAGCUGGAGGAGCUGCUGUCGGACAUGAAGUCGGACGUGUCGCGUCUGCCGGCGACGCUGGCGCGCAUCCCGCCGGUGGCGCAGCGCCUGCAGAUGUCCGAGCGGUCCAUACUGUCGCGUCUCGCCGCCACCGCAGGCAACCCGCUGCCGCCAGCGGCGCAGAUGGCGCAGUUCCCGGGCGGGUUCAACGCGACCGGGACGCUGCCGGGCUUCGCGACCUCCGCCAACACUGCCGCCAACUUCUCCAACUUCCGGCCGCAGUACUCCGUGCCCGGACAGCCCACCUCCACACCAUCUAAUAAAUCAUAAGCCUUCGUAACCUACAUCGUAAUUCAACUUGACGCAUCUGCCAGUUGGCGGAGUCAGCAGUCGCGUAGAUAAUUAACGUUAGAUUUAAGCUUUCCAAGAUUCCUGCUCCACCUUGGGUUUGAAGUGAUAAUUAGUAAUUAGUGCAGUUAGUUAACAAUGUCAUAUUAAACAGAAUUCCCACAAAUAUUAUUUAUUUCAUCCUGAUCUGUAUGAAUCUUGUUUUAUUGUUAAGUGAUU